AUGCUGAGCGCUGAGUUCCUCCCCAACCUGGAAAUAUUGGAUUUGAGCGAGAAUCACAUCGGAAAUGAGGGGAUUCGAGAGCUGGGAAAUGGAUCGAACUUGCGAUGUCUGCAACAGGUCAAAGUGUUGUACCUGUGCAGAAACCAGAUCACAGACGAAGGAGCCAGCUGCAUUUACUUGUUCGUACGAAACAAAGUCUGGAAGAGUAUCCAGCAACUCUUUCUGGAUGACAAUUCCUUCUCCAAAAUAUCGGUUAUUCAUCUGCAGUCGCUUGUGAAUAUGAACAAUUGCCUGAACUGCAUCUAUCUGAACGAAAUGACCAGACGGCGCGAGCACUUUCUCCAUUUUGAAUCCUCUACAGAAGACAACUCAGAUAAAAAUUCUCCAGAACAAAAUGAUUUGGACAGUACGCUCCUCCAUCCCGACUUCACUGUAGACAGCGAGGAAGACGAAAAGCUUCUUCAGGAAAUAUUCGAUGAUUCCAUUGAUAACAUACUUUAUCCUUGUUCUCUUCGAAGGACGAGUGAUGACAAGGAUGGGAGUUGGACUCCAGUUGAUGUCAAUAUGACCCCCAUUCCAGGUCCAGUCGGUUUGGGUGUUGAUUCUGAUGUGUAUCCUAGUCCUACAGCUUGA